AGCAUGUACAGUAGUGGUUGUACCAAAAGUAGAUGAUAUGGGCAUAAUAUUCAUUCAUUUGGGUUACAAUUAUUGUGGUGUGCAGAUCCUCUUUUAAAAAGUCAGAAUCAUGCAGCUAUGACAACGACGAUGAAGACGACGACGAUAGGGUUGCUGAGACCCGGGACUGCUGCUGCUCCUCCUUCACACAGACCCAGUAUAGAGAUCCGAGAUCGAAAUCGGAGUCGGAUCUUGAGUGGUUGUUGUCACGAAACUGUUGCAGCUGAACGCAUGGUGGAGGAGUUCGACCCCAAAAUCCCAAUCGAGAGAGCAGUGACUCCACCCAGUUCGUGGUACACCGAUUCGUCUUUUUUCCAACUCGAGCUGCCACGGAUCUUCUAUCGGGGCUGGCACGCCAUUGGAUAUUCUGAACAGAUAAAAAACCCUCGUCAGUUUUUCACUGGAAGAUUAGGAGAUGUAGAAUAUGUGGUGUGCAGGGAUGAAAAUGGGAGGCUCUUUGCUUUCCACAAUGUUUGUCGUCAUCAUGCCUCUCUUGUUGCUUCUGGAAGUGGCGCAACAAAGUCUUGCUUCGUUUGCCCAUAUCAUGGAUGGACUUAUGGACUAGAUGGCUCUUUGCUUAAAGCAAACAGAAUAACAGGGAUAGAAAACUUCAAUAAAAAGGAUAUGGGGCUUGUACCUAUAAAAGUGGCAACUUGGGGGCCAUUUGUAAUUCUGAAUUUGGACAAAGAGAUGUCUCAGGAGGAAAUCAAUUCCAAUACGAUCGGAAGUGAAUGGCUCGGUAGCUGUUCCGAGAUACUAAGUACGAAUGGAAUUGAUUCAUCGCUAAGUCAUGUUUGCAGACGCGAAUACACGAUUGAAUGUAACUGGAAGGUGUUUUGUGACAACUACUUGGAUGGUGGUUACCAUGUGCCUUAUGCACAUAAAGGCCUCGCAUCUGGUCUCAAGCUUGAUUCGUAUUCUACCACCAUGUUUGAGAAGGUAAGCAUCCAGAGCUGCGAAAGUGGUUCAAUAAAAAGUGAAAACGGUUCUCUUCGACUUGGAUCGAAAGCUCUCUAUGCGUUCAUCUAUCCGAAUUUCAUGAUUAAUAGGUAUGGACCUUGGAUGGACACCAAUCUUGUACUCCCACUAGGACCCAAAAUGUGCAAAGUAGUAUUUGACUACUUCCUUGAACCACAUCUUAAGGACGAUAAAUAUUUCAUAGAUGCAAGUCUAGUUGACAGUGAGCAAGUGCAGAUGGAAGACGUUAUGCUGUGUGAAGGUGUUCAAAGGGGACUGGAAUCACCGGCUUAUUGCAUGGGCCGAUAUGCUCCGAAUGUUGAGAAGGCUAUGCAUCAUUUCCAUUGUUUGCUCUAUGACAACAUUAAGCAUGAACAUUCAUAAGCAAGUGUGGAAACAUUAUUUGCUCGAGUACGACAAAACUACCACAAGAAUCUUUUGUUUUUGGUGUUGAAAUUGUGGCGUAUUACCUUUUCAAAUGCACAUACUGUUGGAAACAUGUAACUCGCGGAAGCGUAUAAGGACCUCAUAGACAUAAACGAUAACUAGACUAGUUUCAAAAA